GGUAAGCUUGUCAAAAAUCAUUUGACACUGACCUUUAUGCUUAGGCGAGUCGAUUCAAUCAACUUGAUAUAUUAUAUUCCUCUUCCCGAUCCUUUUCUUCUGGUUUAACGCCCUCCUUGUUCAAAGGCUCGAUUCGCCCUGCGCAGUUCGUUGCAUCCUGCAUCCGGUUGAGCUCUCAUAUUCAUAUCUAUAGUCGAUUCCUUUCAGAUAGCUAACAUGGCUGAAACAAAUGACUUGGGUGUCGCCCUACCACGAGGAGACUGCGACGGUGAUGACCGGGCGUCCUUGGACGAUCUCAUCAGUCAAGCUACAGCGAAAGACGCAAUCAAAGAUUUCAGUGCGGCCGCGGAGCUUUAUUCCGAGGCUACGGAGCUUCAGGCGAAACUGAAUGGCGAACUAGCACUCGACAAUGCCGAUCUUCUCUUCGCUUACGGAAAAGCCCUUUAUAAUGUUGCUGUUAGUAAGAGCGAUGUUCUUGGAUCAAAGGUGGCCACCGAGCCCCCCUCGCAAUCAAACAAAACAACACCGACAGCAGAAAGUGUCAUUCAAGAUGCUAUUGUCCAGGCGCAGUCUGCAGAACCAGGAUCUGAAGUCAAAGCCAAGCCGACCGACGAUAUGAGCAGACCAUACUUUCAAUUUACAGGCGACGAGAAUUUCGACGAUUCCGAUACUGAAGACGAAGAUGAUCCCCCGCUUGUCGAGGAGGAGGAGGAGGAUGACUUUGCCAAUGCCUAUGAGGUUCUCGAUUUGGCGCGUAUACUGUUCCAGAAGAAGCUAAACGCGUUGGAGGAGGACGUCGGGAAAGGGAAAUCUGCGGAGGCACCCUCAAACCUCAAGCAACUCAAAGAACGACUUGCUGAUACGUAUGACCUACAAGCUGAGAUCUCACUCGAAGCUGAAAGGUUUGCGGAUGCAGUGGCAGAUUUGAGGACAGCCCUAAGUCUAAGACAGUCGCUGUUCCCAAUGGAAGACCCCUCCGUUGCCGAAUGCCAUUAUAAGCUUUCCCUCGCCCUCGAAUUCGGAUCGGUGAGCAAAGCUAACGACGAUGCUCAAACUGAAGAUGGUAAGAUCGAUGAGGAAAUGAGAAAAGAGGCCAUCAUACAAAUGGAGCACGCUAUUGAAAGUUGUCGAGUCAGAAUGACCCAGGAACAAGCGAAAUUGGAUAUGAAUGUCUCUCCAGAUGAGGACAAGGCCAUCGCCAUGAAAAGAAAGAUAGCUAAUGUGAAGGAUAUUAUUUCCGACAUGGAGCAAAGGCUUGUCGACCUCCAACGCCCUGCCGCCUCAUCCUUGAAAGCUAGCGAUGUGGAAGACACCAUGCUCAGAGGCAUCCUAGGUCAAAUUGUAGGACAGCCUGUUUCUGAACGAAAGGCUCGACUUGACGCAGUCACCGAAAAUGCAAAUGACUUAUCUGCGCUUGUGAAACGAAAGCCUACUAGCGCUUCUCGGCCCCGAAAUGGGGAGCCGACCAAAAGGCGUAUGGAUGGAGAUAAGACCCAAGACCGCGAAACGAAAAGAGCCCGAACGACCGACCUCGAGGAUACGAGAUAACGACUGGUAAACUCCUAAAUCUCACGUCCAUUUCGUCCGUACCUACGGGCUCCGCCCUCCACUUCUCCACAGUAAUGCAAGUUCCCAACGUGAAUUGACGUCGAGUUUCGUUGAUGUGAAUUAUGAUACCCAUUGAUCAAGGACAUUGUGCAUGAGUAAUACAAGAUGAAAUUGUAAUUCAUCGGGCGGAAGGCGCAACCAAUGAUGGCGUACGCCGCCCUGUAGAACUGCAAAAGCUGGUCGGCAAGUGCAACAUCCGGACGAAGUUGAAGACUGACAAGAUACACUCGCAAGAGCGAGUUGUCUGGCAUGGAAACUGGUUUGAUGCACAGUGCUCCCAGA